AUGUUCAUGUUAGACAACAGAAAGCGAACCAAGAUAAAGAAUAACAAGAUACAAGAGUGGAGGCUGGAGCUGGCAUCAUUCAGUUAUACAAUACAAUAUCGUCCUGGGAAACAGAAUGUUGCGCCAGAUACCUUGACUCGUGCAUACUGUUGUUCUGUUUCUUCAAUGUCGAAUCUCACUGACAUCCAUGAGAAUCUUUGCCACCCUGGGGUAACUCGGCUUUUGCAUUUUGUGCGGUCUAAGAACCUUCCCUUCUCAACAGAUGAUGUGAAAAAGGUGUGUGCUACUUGUAAGGUCUGUGCACAGCAAAAACCACAAUUCCAUUGUUCAGCACAAGGGGUCCUCAUUAAAGCCACACAGCCGAUGGAACGCCUUAGCAUUGACUUCAAAGGACCUUUGCCUUCCACCACAAACAAUAAGUACAUACUUACAGUUGUUGACGAAUACUCACGUUUUCCUUUUGCACUUCCUUGUCCAAAUAUGCAUUCAAAAACAGUAAUCAAAUGUCUUGAGUCUAUCUUCAGUCUUUGUGGAAUGCCAAGUUUUAUUCAUUCAGAUCAAGGUCCUUCUUUUAUUUCUCAAGAACUGAAGCUGUACCUUUCUCAGAAAGGGGUAGCAACAAGCAAAACAACACCUUAUCACCCAAUGGGUAAUGGCCAGGUUGAGAGGUACAACGGAAUUAUUUGGAAGCUUGCAUCUCAUGGUUUGAGGAAUCAACACUGGGAGAUGGUGCUUCCUGAGGUUUUGCAUUCAAUAAGAUCACUCUUAUGUACUGCAACUAAUGAGACCCCACAUGAGCGUUUCUUCAGGUUUCAACGACGUUCUAGUUUUGGAAAUGGAUUACCAUCAUGGCUUUUGACCCCUGGACAAGUGUUAUUGCGACGGCAUGUUAGGUCUAGCAAACACGAACCAUUAACUGAUCAGGUAGAACUUGUUGAUGUGAACCCAAUGUAUGCAAGUGUCGAAUAUCCAGAUGGCCGCGAGUCAACCGUGUCUAUCCGUGACUUAGCUCCAACUCCUGAGAGUCCGACGACUCCUGUGCACCAGGAUGAAGCACAAGGAAAUAUAGAGACCCCAGGACCUUUCUUUUUCAACGAAACUGUCAAUGGUGAGAGCUACCUCAACUUGCUUCAGGAAUUUGUUGGUCCACAAAUUACAGAGAUGUUUGGUGAAGACAGCGAUAUUCACUUUCAGCAAGAUGGAGCACCUCCCCACUACCAUCGCGAUGUACGAGCUUACCUUGAUGCAGUGUUUCCUGACACAUGGAUUGGACGAAGGGGCCCCAUUGAAUACCCUGCGCGUUCCCCAGACCUAACACCCAUGGACUUUUUUUUAUGGGGAUACUUAAAAGACAACAUUUAUGCCAACAAACCAAGGACAAUUGAUGCAUUGAAAUUAGAAAUUGAAAGACAAUGUCGUGAUAUUCCUAAUGACAUGUUUCGCGACGUUUGCGAAUCCCUUGGUGCGCGUUAUCAGCGUUGUCUGGACAAUAAUGGUCAUCAAUUUGAACAUUCGCAAACAUGA